CCCACCCGUUUCACAUGCAUUAGUGUUAGUGAACUCACCGGACCAUGCGGCAAACCUGUUAACCAGCCGGUAGACUGCUGUGGCACAUUCAAGGUCGAUUUCCGGGCAUGACUCUGGCCUGUCGCUUUCACUGUCGAAGUCAGUUGGCGUUCUGCCUCCCCACCGCUCGCUUGGUGUCGGUGAAAGUCUCGAUCCGCUUCACACCAGGGUUAUACGUAGCACCCGCUUGCUACGUCUAACCAUCGUUCAUCGUAACAGAAACCAGUCUGAACAAUGGAGAUCUCGCUGUCUGGGAAGCGUGUUCUGAUCACCGGCGCCGGCCGAGGGAUCGGCCGAGCCUUGGCGAUCCGUGUGGUCGCCUGCGGGGGUCACGCGAUCGCCCUGUCCCGGACCCAGGAGCACCUGGACACCCUGAAGGCCGAGUGUCCCUCGGUGGAGACGGUGGCCUGCGACCUCAGCGACUGGGAGGCGACGCGAUCGGCAGUUGAGGCUCUGGGACCCGUCGACUGUCUCGUCAACAACGCCGGAAUAAUGGUCGUUGAACCUUUUCUUGAGGCUCGUAAGGAAAGUUUCGACAUCAUUUUCGACGUGAACUUGAAAGCCACUUUUAACGUAUCGCAGGUGAUCGCGCGCGGAAUGGUAGCUCGUGGCCAGGGAGGCGUCAUCAUCAACAUGUCUUCCCAGCUGGGCAAAACGACGAGGCCGGGAUUCGCCUUCUACUGCUCCUCGAAGGCGGCGCUGGAUCACCUGACGCGCGUCAUGACGCUCGAGCUGGGACCCAAGGGGAUUCGCGUCAACUGUGUCAGUCCGGCACUGGUGGAGACGGACAUGACAAAGUUCGUGUGGUCGGACCCGGCCAGAGCGGAGGCCGCGGUGGCUGCGGUCCCCAUGGGGCGGUUGGCCACCAUAGAGGAUGUGGUGAACGCGACCUUGUUCCUGCUCAGUGAGAAUGCUGCUCACAUCAGCGGGGUGUCGCUGCCCGUGGACGGAGGAGCGUACGCCCGCUAAAUGAGCGUGAUCUUGCUGGGUGAUCUCAGAGGUAAUCGGUGACUCCUGAGAGUGCUGAUUGACUCAUAAUCGAUUUUCAGGUGUAUCAGACUACCUACAACGUAAACACUGAGUAGUAGGUAUAAAGGUUGAACAGGUUGCAUUACGUCUUUCAGAUAUUUGCACUUGUUCUUAUUUUAUGGAAACUGAGAAGGUGCAUCCCAACAUUGUAUCUCGUAUGGGAAAUCGUGUGCAGUACGGAUUUACAGAGUGGCGAGGUUUCGGUGCAUGUAACUACUAUGGACUUCCUUCGGAUAUGUUCCAAUAGAUCGCUGACAUAAGGCGAUCUAUUGGAUUUGUUGAUUUUGAAUAAUGAAGCUUUACGGAUGCGAAGUCUCUCUGACACGUGAUGUUGAAAUAAGACUCGGAUCUUUGCAAGGCUGAUGUAUCGGCGUGCCAACAUUUUGUGACCGGGCAGUAUGAGCACAGCGUAUGAACAGUGGCAGGGCUCUAAAAAGUAGACUUCCGAACUUGUUCUGAACAUAACUGGAUGACAGUAACUGAUGCCCUAGAGCGAAAUCGCUUCAGCAAGGUCAGGGUAUACUGACCAGCAUUUGUUGAAUUUACGAGUAACUGUUGGUAUGCACGCUGAGAAGAAGUGAGAACUAUAUUAAAUAUAGUAAGAUUUGUACGUAGUUUUCCAUCACGGUAAUGCUCCGUGGUUUGCAUGCGUUAUUAGACGUGUGAUAUUCAAUAAAAAUAAAUAUUGUAGGUAUUUACCUAAAAGAACGCGUACAGUUUAAGCGGAUUUGUGUGUGUGUUUUUUUUUUAGAAACAUGGUAUAAUUGAAGUACAGUGACAAGUAGCCUUUAUGGCUGGUAUGUUUUAUUCUGCGAAGGUUUGGAGUUCGACGGUGUUAAAGUCACCUCUAUAAGUGAAUAAAUCUAAAUCAUGGCAUCAACAUGAAAUAGGCGAGCUGAAACGAAGUGACGAUCAUUUUCACUUUGCUCGACAGAUAGGUACCGCUCAGCCGUAUAACUAUAUAGACUGAAAAAUCCAUCA